AAAAGCAACAUGAUGGCUUAUUGGUCAUUGACAGUCGAGUGUAUUCACUUGCGUCUGGGUUAGUUUAUGCUAAAGAAUUUAAAUAAAUACUUUUCUUUUUCUUUUUAUUAUUAUUCAUCGCUAUUAAUGCAAGCAGUUCAACUUGAUCCCAAUACAUACCAAGAAUUAGAAACAUUACGAAACAAGCUAUGGUCACUACAAGAAACGUUUGCAACACACAUUACCUAUUUAAAGGAGCCCAAGUAUCCGUUUACAUGGCCCGAUCUGCUCAACAAAUUCAACAUGCUCACUGCCAAAUUUGCCUCACUCUCGGAAGAUUUCUAUCAUUAUACAGAUAAGGCGAGUACAGCGACCUUACCCAAGUUGAUGAUUCACCCUUAUAUACCCACAACAACCGAACAAGAGACAAACAUAUUGAGCGUUCUCCUUCGAACCAAAUUGAUUCCAGAUAUAGAGAAACUCGAAGCUGAAACACAGGCUGCAAUCGCACGAGAGCUAGUCGAUCCUCAGGCAAAUCAUAACACACGGAUGGACGACGAGCAGCUGAUCAAGGACCAACUCGAUCAGUGGACCGCGCUUAGGGAUCGUCAUGAUCGAUUAGCUGCUGAUGCAGCGCAGUUUGUUGCUGAAUUGUCAAAUGAUCAUCGUUCUAAUUUCUUACUAAGGUAUGAAGAUCAAAUUGAACAAGAAGAAGAAGAAGAUGAGGAUAUGGAGCAGGAGGAGGAAUGGGAAAAGAUGGGGUUCCCGAAUGAAGGGGUUUGGAAAAAGUGGAAGCUGGAGUGCUUGAUGAAUUUCUAUAGUAGUGGCAAGAGUGAAGUUGUUGGUAGCGAUUUGAAAAAAUUGGCAUCGACUGCCAAGAAAUAA